CUGUCCCCUCGCUGCCUUUCGCUGUCAAUGGCUUUCGGGGCGCAUUUUAUUUGAAUGUCUGGGCCCUUUAAGUGACCAAUAAUGGAUAUUCUAUGGAUAUUAUGGAGCAUACCGGCCGUAAUAGCUGUUGAAGAGACGCUCAUGGACUCCACCACGGCCACGGCGGAGCUGGGCUGGACAGUCUACCCCGUAUCAGGGACCAGUGACAACAGCUGGGAGGAGGUGAGCGGUUAUGAUGAAAACAUGAAUACCAUCCGGACUUACCAGGUCUGCAAUGUUUUCGACAACAAUCAGAACAACUGGGUACGGACAAAGUACAUCCGGCGUCGCGGUGCGCAGAGGAUCCAUGUUGAGAUGAAGUUCUCAGUGAGGGACUGCAGCAGUAUCCCCAAUGUGCCAGGCUCCUGUAAAGAGACAUUUAACCUCUAUUACUACGAGUCAGAUUCUGACACAGCCACCAGAACCUCACCGGCUUGGAUGGAGAACCCCUGGAUCAAGGUCGACACCAUUGCAGCUGACGAGAGCUUCUCCCAGGUGGACCUAGGGGGCAGAGUAAUGAAGAUCAACACUGAGGUUCGGAGCUUUGGGCCUGUUUCACGAAACGGCUUUUACCUAGCCUUCCAGGACUAUGGUGGCUGCAUGUCGCUCAUCGCCGUUCGUGUCUUCUACCGGAAGUGUGCUCGUAUCAUCACGAACGGGGCGUUGUUCCAGGAGACACUCUCAGGGGCAGAGAGCACCUCACUGGUGGCUGCGAGGGGUGUUUGCAUCCCUAAUGCAGAGGAGGUAGACGUACCCAUUAAGCUGUACUGUAAUGGGGAUGGAGAAUGGAUGGUACCCAUUGGACGCUGCAUGUGCAAGGCAGGGAACGAGGCUGUGGAAAAUGGGACUGUAUGUCGAGCUUGCCCUUCAAGCUUCUUCAAGCCGACUCAAGGAGAUGAAGCUUGUUUGCAGUGUCCCAUCAACAGCCGCACCACCAGCGAAGGCGCCAUUAACUGCGUUUGCCGCAACGGAUACUAUCGCACCGACUCAGAUCCCUUCCAAAUGCCGUGCACAACUGUCCCUUCAGCUCCGCAAACUGUGAUCUCCAGUGUGAAUGAAACCUCUGUGAUGCUGGAGUGGAUGCCUCCUCGGGAUUCGGGGGGCAGGGAGGACGUGGUCUUCAACAUCAUAUGCAAGAGCUGCGGCGGAGGUCGGGGAGGCUGCACCCGCUGUGGGGACAACGUUCAGUUUUUGCCCCGUCAGCUGGGUCUGACAGAAUCCCGGGUCUACAUUAGUGACCUGUUGGCCCACACACAGUACACGUUUGAGGUGCAGGCUGUCAACGGGGUGUCAGAUCAGAGCCCGUACUCCCCUCAGUACGCCUCAGUCAACAUUACCACUAACCAGGCUGCUCCAUCCACAGUAUCAAUAAUGCACCAAGUCAGUCGUACAGUGGACAGCAUCACUCUUUCCUGGUCCCAGCCUGACCAGCCCAAUGGAGUCAUCCUAGACUAUGAGCUGCAGUAUUAUGAAAAGGACCAAUCAGAAUAUAACUCUACCACUGUCAGGAGCCAGACCAACACAGUGGUCAUCCGUGGCCUCAAGCCAGGAAGCAUCUACGUGUUCCAGGUCCGAGCCCGCACCGUGGCUGGGUUUGGACGCUACAGUGGCAAACUGUACUUCCAGACCAUGACUGAGGAGGAGUACAACACCAGCAUUCAGGAGAAGCUACCUCUCAUCAUUGGCUCUGCAGCUGCCGGCCUGGUCUUCCUCAUUGCUGUGGUUGUCAUCAUCAUCGUUUGUAACCGGAGGCGUGGCUUCGACAGGGCUGAUUCAGAAUACACAGACAAACUGCAGCACUACACCAGCGGCCACAUGACUCCAGGAAUGAAGAUUUAUAUUGAUCCGUUCACAUAUGAGGACCCCAACGAGGCUGUCAGGGAGUUUGCCAAGGAGAUUGAUAUAUCCUGUGUGAAGAUUGAACAGGUCAUUGGUGCAGGAGAGUUCGGGGAAGUAUGCAGUGGCAACCUAAAGCUCCCGGGUAAAAGGGAGAUGUUUGUGGCGAUAAAAACUCUGAAGUCGGGCUACACGGAAAAGCAAAGGCGGGACUUCCUCAGUGAGGCCAGUAUCAUGGGCCAGUUUGACCAUCCUAACGUCAUUCACCUGGAGGGCGUGGUCACUAAGAGCAGUCCUGUCAUGAUCAUCACUGAGUUUAUGGAGAAUGGAUCUCUGGACUCCUUCCUCAGACAAAAUGACGGGCAGUUCACUGUGAUCCAGCUUGUUGGUAUGCUACGAGGCAUUGCUUCAGGCAUGAAGUACCUCGCCGACAUGAACUACGUGCACCGUGACCUUGCUGCCCGCAACAUCCUGGUCAACAGCAACCUUGUGUGCAAGGUGUCAGACUUCGGCCUCUCGCGCUUCCUGGAGGAUGACACAUCAGACCCCACUUACACUAGUGCCCUGGGAGGGAAGAUCCCUAUCCGAUGGACUGCCCCCGAAGCUAUCCAGUACAGGAAGUUCACCUCUGCCAGUGAUGUGUGGAGCUACGGGAUCGUCAUGUGGGAAGUCAUGUCUUACGGAGAGAGGCCUUACUGGGACAUGACUAAUCAAGAUGUCAUCAAUGCCAUAGAGCAGGACUACCGACUGCCCCCACCCAUGGACUGUCCCAGUGCGCUGCACCAGCUAAUGUUGGACUGUUGGCAGAAGGAACGCAACAACCGGCCCAAGUUCAGCCAGAUCGUGAACAACCUCGACAAGAUGAUCCGCAAUCCCAACACGCUAAAGGCCAUGACCCCAUUAUCUUCAGGUGUUCAUCUCCCUCUCCUGGACCGCAGUAUCCCAGACUUCUCCAGCUUCAGCACUGUGGACGAGUGGCUGGAUGCCAUCAAGAUGGGCCAGUACAAAGACAACUUUGCCAACGCCGACUUCUCCACUUUUGAUGUGGUGUCCCAGAUGACCAUGGAAGACAUCUUGAGGGUUGGUGUGACGUUAGCAGGCCAUCAAAAGAAGAUCCUCAACAGCGUCCAGAUGAUGCGGGCACAGAUGAACCAGAUCCAGUCAGUGGAGGUUUGACCCUCCCGAGCGGAGCAGAGGGAAAAAAGACGGUCAGGAUGCAGGGCUCUGGGUGCGGAGGAUGGAGUGGAUGUUUUUUCGCGUGACAGUGUGUCUGGUCUUCCCACCAGACUACCAUUCAUCCCCCGUUCCCCUCUCCACUUCCCUCUCUCUUCCUCUUGUCCCCUCACCCUAACGCUCCCUCCAUCCUUGGGAUCAGCUGUGGAGAGUUCUGGAAACAAAGUCCAUGUAAUGAGGCAUCAGGCAGCCCACAGCCAACCCACUUUUGGAGCCAGAAACAUGGGAGGUUAGACGUGACCAGCAACACAUUUUUCAAUCUUCCACCAAUUUUCAUUUGAUGCUGAACAUUUAUUUUUUGGUUUGUUUGUUCUGAUAAUUUUGUAAAGAAUUUUUUAAAGAAAAAAAAAAAGAAAAACUGAGAAAAGGCAAGGAGUUUAUCUAAAUUUAUAGAUGAUAUAAGGUUGUACACUAGAAGAACUGAGUAGGAAAGCUACCCUUUAAAAGGGCAAAAAAAAAAAGGAAAAAAAAAUAAAGAAAACA